CUGUCAGUGCAGAGACUUACAUCAGUCACUACCCUGAGAUCAUGACCACACCCAAAAUCAAGAGUCAGACCCUAACUGACUGAGCCACUCAGGUGUCCCUAUUGGAGAUUUUUUAAUGGCACAAGAGGCUAUCCUUUUAUUAAAUGAAGUUCCCUGCAAAGAUCUCCAUAAAAAUAUUUUAAAACAAUUUUGUGGACAUCAUAAAGCGGAUAUUAGUUGUUUGUCCUCUUGUCCUCUUGAAACUUGAGAGCUGGACUUCAGCAAUUCCCUACUGAUAUAAAAAGAGAUUAUAAAAUGAAUCACCGUGAUGAAAAUAAAGGGGAGUGUGCCAGGUUCAAUGUGAAUAAAGUUUGUUAAUAGGAUUUGUAAUAAAAUAGUUAUUUCCAUCCUCUCAUAUGUUUGUAUGCAAAUCUUCAUAUCCCUGAUAUGAAUCAUUAGGUUGUAUGACAAUGAGAAUUAAGGUUUUUGUUAAAAGAUGAUUAAUAAUUAUCUAAUUUUAAGGGGAGAUUGUGCUGAAUUAACAGGAUAGACCAAACGCGAUUAUGAUGGUCUCUAAGUUUGGAAGGAGGAAGAAGAAAAAGUGUCACAGUAUGUGAUGGAAGACUUGCCUGGGCAUAAUUUUUCCCCCAAUUGUUUCUUUCGUAAUUCUUUUCCCAUUAGUGUAAAAUGCGCAACAGUUCAACUAUACAAACAUCUAUGCAAACUUUAAUGGCUAUUAGGAUACUUGAUGUUGAAUAUGAGACAGGAAAAUGCAGAACAAGAAACCAAACUUUUAAAAAAACAAAUGAAUAUACUGUAUGGGGAGUAUGGGGAAUGGGAACAUCAUCCUGGCAUUAAUAUGGAUAUGAGAUCUCUCUUUCUCUAUGUCUCUCUCCUUCCUCUCUUUCCUUCUCUCCUUCCCAAUUUAGAUGACACAUAUAGACAGACAGAUAGAGAGAUAGAUAUUGAAAGAUAACAUAUAGAUACGUGUGUACAUAAUAUACACACAGUCAAAUGGUGUACAAAUACUACUGAGACUCUAUUUCUAAGACUUUAUACAACAUAGACUUAAUGAUUAAUUGAGUAUAACAAAAAAUGAUCUGUGGUGAUGAUUUUGACAAAGGAAUAAAUGACAUUGAUAAAGUGAGGUCUAAUUUUACAGAUAGACAAUAUAUGUUUUUUCUUUGUCACUGUGAUGAUGAUAUCGUCCAUUAUAUUUGUAUGAAGAUAGGCCAGUUUUUACAAGUUCGUAUUGGAAUUUUUGCCAACAUCUUCCUGCUUCUCUUCCACAUCUUCAUGCUACUUCUGGAUCACAGACCUAAGCCAACUGUCCUGAUCAUCUAUCACUUGGCCUUUGUCCACAUAAUGAAACUCUUCACUGCACUGUUUUUUAAUGUCUACAGACCUGUUUGAAGUACUGAACAUUUUAAAUGAUUUAAAAUGCAUGGCUUUAUUCUGCAUGAUCAGGGUGACACGGGGUCUCUCCUUGAGCACCACCUGCCUCCUCAGCAUGUUCCAGGCCAUCAUGAUCAGCCCUAGCACCUCCUGGUUGGCCAGCUUUAAACAUACAUGCAAAAAGUACAUCUUCCAUUCUUUUAUCAUCUUAUGGUUUCUCAGUUUGUCUCUCAUUAGUGACUGCAUCUUGUAUACUGCUGCUCCUUCUAAUGUGACCCAGAGAGAUCUACUGUGUGUCAGUAAACACUGCUCACUUUCCCGCCUAAACUCCAUCAUCAGGGGACUGUUUUUCACGCUUCAGAGGCAGUGCCAGCACCUUCCCAGCAUCAGCCUUUCUUCAAGAGUCCCCCCAGAGAGAAGGGCCACCCAAACCAUCCUGCUGUUGGCAAGUUUUUUUGUGGUCUUGUACUAGGUGGGCGUCAUUAUCUCCUUCUCCUCCACUCUCUUAUGGGCAUAUGACACAGUUAUUCUGGAUUUCCAGAAGCUUGUGCCCAAUGUCUAUGCCACUGUCAGUGCGUUGGGCUAAGUUCUGAUAAAAGGAUAGAAAAUGUGUUUCGACU